CUCGCCUUGAGGAAGUAUACUACAGUGCUGCAGUUACAGCAGUAUCUCUUCUUUUAAGUCAGCUCAGGUAUAAUCAUGGACAACUUCUGCAUCGACAGUUUUAUUCUGAAGCUUCAUGAUGUGAACGCGGUGAAGUUCGGAGAAUAUAAACUAAAGAGCGGCAUGAUGACGCCCAUUUACAUCGACUUGAGGGUACUUGUGUCCCAUCCACGCCUGAUGAAACAGGUGUCAAAGCUCAUGUACCAGAGAGCUCAAGAUGAAGGGCUUCAGUUUGACACAGUGUGUGGUGUUCCAUACACAGCCUUGCCAAUGGCCACUAUUAUCUGCUCCACACAUGAACUGCCCAUGCUUAUCAGGCGCAAAGAGGCCAAGGACUAUGGAACCAAGCGUCUCGUGGAGGGCUCAUUUAAAGCGGGAGAUACAUGUCUCAUCAUUGAAGACACGGUGACCAGUGGCAGUAGCAUCCUGGAAACGGCUGAAGUGCUGUACAAAGAAGGGCUGAAGGUGACAGAUGCCAUUGUGCUGAUGGACAGACAGCAAGGUGCAGUGGACAUGUUGGCGUCAAAGGGAGUCAGGCUCCAUCCUAUCAUCUCCAUGUUCAAGCUGCUCAAUGUGCUGCAGGCCUCCCAACGCAUCGACACAGAGACAGCCCAGAAUGUGCGCAAGUUCAUCUUGGACAAUAACACUUUUAGAUCUGAGGAGGAGAAUGGAAUUCACGUCCCCGUUUCAAAGAAGCAACGUGUGGAACAAAACCUGCAGCUGAGCUAUGAAGCCAGAGCCAAACUUCCAAAUGUUCAGCCUUUAGCAUCAAAGCUAUUGACAGUCAUAGUAGAGAAGCAGUCCAACCUCUGCCUGUCUGCUGAUGUUUCAAGCAGCGAGGAGCUGCUCCACCUGGCAGAUACUCUCGGCCCAAAGAUUUGCCUCCUGAAGACCCACAUAGACAUCCUAAAGGACUUCACUGUGGCCUUCAGCCAGGAAUUGCAGGCUGUAGCUGAGAAGCACAACUUCCUCAUUUUCGAAGAUCGCAAGUUUGCUGACAUUGGAAAUACAGUCAAGCAUCAGUAUGAAGGUGGUAUGUACCAGAUCUCCUCGUGGUCCCACAUAGUGAAUGCCCAUGCAGUGCCAGGACCUGGCGUGGUGAGCGGCCUGGCUUCUGUAGGGAGGCCUCUCGGCCGAGGCUGUCUGCUCAUUGCACAGAUGAGCUCGCAGGGCUCACUGGCGACUGGAGAGUACACAAAGGCUGUGGUGAAAAUGGCUGAGGAGCAUUCAGACUUUGUGAUGGGCUUUAUCUGUGGUUCGAAGAUCACAAAGAGGCCUGAGUUCAUCCACAUGACCCCCGGAGUGCAAAUGAAAGCUGGAGGGGAUGCUCUGGGCCAGCAGUACACCACUCCUGAGGAAGUUAUCUACAACAAGGGCUCUGAUGUCAUCAUUGUUGGCAGAGGUAUCCUCGAGGCCUCUGAUAGGCUGGAAGCUGCUGAGGCCUACAGGAAGUCGGGCUGGGAGGCCUACACAAGGAGGAUGGGUCACAGUUGCCAAUAGCAGUGCAACAGUAACCUUCGUACCGCAAUAAUAAUGAGCUUUUGGUGAAGAUCGAUCAUUUUGUCCACUUCUGAUGGCCGCCAGUUCAACAAAGCUGGUGGUUGCACACUGAACCGUUGAACAAAAUUGCUAAACGCCGCUCAUUCAAAUUCUCUUCUUCUCUGGUGCCUUUGGCUUGCUUGAAACGGUUUAUUUCACUGCCUUUGCAGUAUUUCUCAGUAUUCCUGUACGUUUUUCCCCCACUCCCUUUCACAUCACCACUUAUCUUUAUAGAAUUGUUAGAAGCAGACUUACUGUGCAGAACAAGAUCUUUGGCUCAGAAGGGACAGUUCAGUCAUUUUUUGAGUCGAUUGAGUAGUAUCCAUAGAUGAAGUAAUUAGUAUAAGUGUAUAUAUGUAUUAUUAGUAUAGAGUCAUUAGUAAUAACUAUAGUUAUUACUUCAUCUUAAAGUAAUAAGUUAAAGUAAUACCUCAAAUAUGUUCAUAGUUACUCUAGUAACUAUGAACAUGUUUAAUUCCUCCAGCACAGCACAAUAUCUGGUUUGCAGGUUCCAGUCACAUGCAGUAUAUGCACUGACUUGACUGCCUAAUGAGGGAACACUUUAUAUGCACACUAUGUCUUUUUAGAACCUGAAAUAAUGACUUGCAUAUGUUCACAGUGACGUAUGUUUUUCAGUCAACUAUCAUCAUAUAAUCAUGAUUACCGUACAUGUGAAUUGUAAAAGAGGGAGUGCAGAUCUUGUCUCGUCUGCCUGACUUUUUACGUUGUCAACAUAAAAUAAAAAUA